AAGUAACUUUGUUCCCAUAGACUAUAUCACUGCUUUGGUUUAAAUACAAUAGCAAUAUUUCAAACUCAGCCUGUUAAGGUUUGGUAUAUUUUUUGUGCCCCGUGUCUUCAGCUGCUCCUGAUUUUUAACGUUUCCGUAUGAAGCAAUAUAAAAAAUAACUUUUGGAAAGCAUACGGCAACGGGGCGGAGUCAGUGGAGAGAGAAAUUAUUAUAUAAACAAAGUGUCAGGUCUUUGACCUUCCACCAGAACCAUCGACCUGAAACUUUUCUACUCCAGAGACAAUGUGACAGACUCGAUGGUUUCCAGCGUAUUUUGUCUUUAUUGAUACUGGAAUAUUUAGUUAAUGUUUAUAAUUGUGCACUAGAUGAAAUAAUGAAUUUUCUUCAAAGAAAGAGGGAAAUGUAUGAAAUGUCACUUGUCUGUAGCUAGAAAACAUGAUAAUAAUCAAAUAGCAAUAUUAUGGGGAAAGCUUUUGAGGGUCUUGUAGUACAUAUAGUUUGCAUUGAAUGCAUCAGGGUAAUCUAGGGCUAAUCUUUGCAUUUAUUAAAUCCACUGUAUAGAAAGUUAAUAAAAGAUAUUGAGGGUAUGGUAGAUCAAUAUAGAAACAACAUCUUCGUGAUGUGUUGGUAAGACCAACUAAAAGUCAGUUGUAUUAGUAUUACAUUGGAGUAAAGAGAAUUAUAGAGGCAUGAGGGAGGGGCUGGUUGAAGUUGUUUGCAAAGGGAUAAUGGCAGAAUAGCAAUGGCUGGUGUUUCUGGAAGCAGUUUGGAAGGCGUGAAAUAGAUACAUCCCAAAACAGAAGUAGUCCUGCUGAAGGUUCUUGGCCUGAAACAUUGACUGCUCUUUUCCAUAGAUGCUACCUGGCCUUCUGAGUUCCUCCAGCAUUUUGUGUGUGUUGCUUGAAGUAUUCUAAAGGCAGGAUAUGGCUGACAAGGGAAGUCAAAGAACAUAAAAGCAAAAGAGAGAAUAUAUGAUUGAGCAAAAAUUAAUGGGAUAUUAGGGGAUUAAGAUGUUUUUAGACACCAACAGAAGGCAACUAAAAGAGCCAUAAGGAGGGAGAAGAUGAAAGAUAAAGGCAAGCUAGCCAAUAAUAUCAAAAACGAUACCAAAUAUAUGAAGAAUCAAAAAAAGGCGACAUAUAAGGUGGCUGGAGAGGUAGCAACGGCGAAAAGGAAAUGGAGGACGAACUGAAUAAGUACUUUGCAUCAUUCUGCACGGUGGAAGACACUAGCAGUAUACCGUCUCGUGGAUUUUAAGAACAUGAAGUUCAAGAUAGAAAAUUGAAAUGAUUUCUGCAAGAGUAGAAACAUGGCUGGAAGCAACAUGGCAUGUCAAAGUUCCUUCGCAUUGGCUUCAAGCAUGCUUAGAUUGGAUUCAACAAGAGAACCAAGGUACUAAUUUAACACAGGCCGUUAUCAAUAAACAAGUAUUUGAGCAAUGGCUUCUUACUGACCUCAGGGAUCUGGACUACCAAAUUUUGCCAGAUGGAAUCUCAGAAAUGCAUAAAAGUGAGCUCAGUGGAUUUUACUGUUUGCAAGUUGAUUCAUUGGUUGAUGUCAGUCAACCUGCAUACAGCCAGCUGCAAAAAGUUAGGGGUAAGGACAUCACUAAUGAACAAGUAACUUCAACAGAAAUAUCUCAGAGAUCUUGGGAAGCCAAACCAACUAGAAUGUUAAUGUUGCAAUUAACUGAUGGAGUCCAGGAGCUCCAAGCAAUGGAAUACCAACCUGUAACUGCUCUUCAUUGCAACCUAUCACCGGGCACAAAAAUCUUGUUGCUGGGUAAUAUUGCUUGCCGAUUAGGAGUCCUGCUGCUGAAACCUGAAAAUGUGAGGGUCCUUGGGGGUGAAGUGGAGACCCUUGUGGAAGAAAAUUCCAAAGAGAGAAUACUUGCAAGGUUAAUUGGAGAAUCAGAUGAUGCUGCUGUAACAAGAAUGAAUAGUAAUGGUCAACCUAUUGUUGAAAGGACUAAUGGGAUGCCACUACUGCUGGAACCUUCCGAUGAUGAGCUAUUAGCUGGCUUUGAUGAUGAUGAUCUGUUUUUGGACCCCAAUUUGGAUUCUGAAAGUGGAUAUGGUAGUAAGACAGGCAAUUUGAGCAGUGUCUCAGAUAGUAUACAGCACCCAAUCAGUGCUCUGGAUGAUCAAGAGCAACACAGGGAGUGCCAGUCAUCACAAAUGUCCAGAGAAUUUCGAAGCGAAGAUUUACAAGACAAUGUUGAUGAAGAUUUUGAUGAGUUUCCCUUGGAUGAACUUGAUGAUGAUUUGUUUACUACGGAAAUGGAGCCAACUGGAGAAAUAAAUAAAUCCCCUAAAUCUCACAUAUUGUUAGCAGGGGAAUUGCAGAGAAGUAAUAAAAGAUGCAUUGAAUUUGUGGGAGAAAAUAGCAAAUCUAGCCUAUGUCAAGAGCCAAGUGUAAAAGCUGUUGAUAUCUGUUCUGACCAGAGGUUACAAAGCCAUCUUAAACAUUUUACAAGCAGUAGAUAUACUGAAAAUGCAGAGGAGUGUUCCAUGCUAGGUAAUUUAAAUACUCAAAAUUCACACUGUUUACUAAGAAAAUCAGGCAUUAACUCUGUGGAUAGAAAUAUAAAUAUUGCCACUAUGGAACAAGAAUAUAAACAGCAUGUGGUAUGUGACCUCCCUGACAAGAGACUAUUUCAUGUCACUAAUUCUGAAAAUGUGUAUGUUACAUCUGAAUUAAUUAGAAAAUCUUCCAGCAGUGGAGAUAGUAGUAAACAAACUUGUGAGCAAAUAGGCAACUCAAAAGGAACAAGAUAUCACAGUGGUUCAAUAGAAUUGAAAUCUCCACCAUUUACAUAUCUAAAAAUUCUUUUGGAUAAGAAGCCUGAUGUAAAAACUGUGGUACAAAUCAAAGGCUUCAUUGUUACAUUACUUGACAAACUUACAAGUAAUAGUGGUCUUUGGAGCAUCAGAGCUAAAAUAUCAGAUGGUACUGCCUACAUGGAUGUGGAACUUGAGGAUGACAUUUUAAGAAAUCUAAUUGGUUUCUCAGUAGAUGAAAUGAGAGUCUCAAUAAAAUGCCCCAACAAACAGAAAGAAGUGACUGCAGGGUUGCAGAAAUGCCAACAGGAGUUGGUGGACCUUUGUUGUCUGAUGACCAUUGAAUUUAAUCCAAUUCUUACUACUGCUAGAAUUGUGACUCUCCAUGAAGUAAGUGUAGAUGAUCUACAAGCAUUGAAACAUCGUGUACACAAAGAAAAGAUUGUUAGAUAGUUAACUAACUGGUGAUAUUGCCAUAUGUUCUCUCAUGACGUGUUUAAUCAAAUGAAAAUUAAAUGUUUUUAUGUUAUUUGUGAAACUUACUAUAAGGAAUAAACUUUUCUAAAAAAUA